AAUUCUACUGGGGCCCCUUGAAACCGCCCGUGGGUUCCAUGUUUGUAUCAGAAAUUGAGCAGAGGAACUCCAUGUUGUAACAAAGUUUCCAGCAAUCUCCCCUUUUUUGUUUUUCCCCCUUUUUUUUCUCUCCCCAUUUCUCUGUUGUGGUUCCCCCCUCCCUCUCCCAUGCCCCCGGCCCCUCUCCAUUCCCCUUUUUUCUCCCUCAUUCCUCCAUCCAACAACCCCCAGCCCAGAGGAAGGAAGAAGUGAAAGGGAAUAAGCCGAGCUGUGGGGAGGUGUGAUGGACAAUCCGUCCAUAUUCACCCAGGUCAGCCGAGAAGAUGUGAACAACCCCCUGCAAGAGAAAGGUGCUCAGAGCCCCACCUCUUCGAAGAAGCCUCGGAACCGCAGCAUCUUCCACUCCCUGUUCUGCUGCCUGUGCCAUGAGGAUUCUGAGCCCCUUCCCGUCAAUAACAACGCCCCCCUCCUGGUGGAGGAAAAUGGGUCGGUCCCCAAGUCGUCUGUUAAAUACCUUCUCCCAGAGGUAAAAGCGCAGGACGCUGGCAAAAUCUGUGUGGUCAUCGACUUAGAUGAGACCCUGGUUCAUAGCUCAUUCAAGCCGGUCAACAAUGCAGAUUUUAUCAUUCCCGUGGAGAUCGAAGGAACGGUUCAUCAGGUGUACGUAUUAAAGAGGCCGCACGUGGACGAGUUUCUCCGGCGCAUGGGAGAGAUGUUUGAGUGCGUCCUGUUCACUGCAAGUCUCGCCAAGUACGCUGAUCCGGUGGCCGAUCUGUUGGACAAAUGGGGAGCGUUCCGUUCUCGGCUCUUCCGCGAGUCGUGCGCCUUCCAUCGAGGGAACUAUGUGAAAGACCUGAGCCGGCUGGGGAGGGACCUCAAUAAGCUCAUUAUCAUCGACAACUCUCCGGCCUCCUACAUUUUCCAUCCAGAUAAUGCGGUGCCGGUGGCUUCGUGGUUUGACGACAUGACAGACACGGAGCUUCUAGACCUCCUUCCCUUCUUCGAGAGAAUCAGCCGAAUGGACGAUGUGUACAGCGUUCUAAAGCAGCACCGGAGUGCCAGCUAGUGACUCAGAGGGGGGUGGGUAGCGGUGGGUGGGCUUGCGUGUGAGUACACUCUGACUUAUGCAUGGCUAAAGGGCAGGAGGGGGACCCCCACCUUCACCAGCUGUUAUGGGUGGGGUGGGACGUGGCCUUUCCAGUCGGCUCUCCUGCACCCUACGUGGCCUCCUUAUGGUGCGACCCAACAGCACCGGUAGGUUUAGCAGAUUAGAUCUUGGUGAUUGAUAUCAUAUUCAUAUUCUGCAAUAACUUUUUUUUUUUAAAAAUCUGUUUUGCAUUCUAAGUUUCUGUAAGUAAAGGGGAAGUAAAUCCUCCUGUUCUGUAGGUUCUGACAAACAAGAUUAACACAUAGGCGUUUCCGUCACUUAUAUUCCCCUCACCGCCACUUUUAGUCAGUGUCAGAAUAAUAUCAGUUGCCUAUUCUCCUUCUUACUAAGCCACUUGCUGUGUCUGCAUGGCCGUGUAGGUCCCUGUCCUGCCUCGGGCACGUGGGAUCUGCAUGGAGGGCCGCAAUGCGACUCCCCAGGUUCUACUAAAGUAUUACUAUAGGCUAGGCAUUGCCAUAAAUGAUUGCUCCAGUAUUCAGUAUAAGGGUAUGUUCUAGAGAUCAAGUACUAAUGUGCUAGUUUAGGAAGCAUCAGAUUUAGGGUGACCGGUAUGAUCUAUAGACACGAGUAGUAGGGACACCCCUGGGUGUUACGGGGCCCCCAGGUCAGCAGCGAAUGUUCCCACAUGUGCGGGUCACAGUUGGGUUUGUUUGUCCUAGAAGGGCAACCCUAGUGCUGGGACGUUGGCAGAGGAAACAUGCAGUUAUAAAGGUCUUGUCAGUAGGGGGCAGCAGAAAAGUUAGUUAUGAGAAAUGCAUGCAGCCAGGUUAUUAUAUCUGCUCCUCCCAUAGGCACCGGGGGUAGAACUGUAACUAAGGGGACUCGCUGAGAAUCCCGAGUGGCUAGAUGCCCUCACACUUGCCCAAGGACUGUACCAUUAAAUAUGUUUCUAGGGGGGGGCAAACAGGUUUUAGUGUACAGUGGCACCAGUAGGGCAAGAAGCAAACACUGGGGUAAAUGGCAGUAGCAGGGCAACUGGAGGUAACAAUUACACUUUCUGUCAGUGCUGUUCUUUUAGUUGUUGAAGUGCAGCGCUCAGCACCCAUGGGUGCCCAAGGGUGAUUUGUUUGAUGCUUCCACUGUUUUGCAUUUGUCCCUACCUUGAAUUCAGACGGUCCCGGUGCCAUUUCUUUUUAUGUUUUCCCACCAUGGGGUGAGGGGGGGGGGGCUUAUUAGGGACCAUGGGACGCUGCAGCGGUGGUGGGCGGUUAGGGGUCUUGUUUGCUUUAUAUCUUGGCUUUUUUAACAUUGUGUUCUUAAUAAUAAUCCCAGUGCAGCUUGGUUCAGUGUCCCUUCGAGGUAGUAGGUGUAACUGAUGGGGCAAAUGUUUAGGCAGCAGUAGUGGUGGUGAAUGGCAUUGUAAAGGGCAAAUCCACUUGGGAUGAAACUGCUUGGAACCCUCCCCUGGGUAAGUAAAUGCACCUCCCCCUAAUACACAGCUCUGAUCUUCUGCUUCUUGCUCGUGGGCUGCUCUCUUUCCCAUUGUCAAGCCGCAGAAGCAGCAGAUGGAUUUAGCUGCCAAGGCUCUGGGAAGCCGCUUUACACUGCCCAAAGAGAGUGAUAAAACAGGGGAACCCCCGAGACUGGCUUCUUUGGUGGGACCAAGCCCCUCCUCCCUGCAUGACAAAGGGAAAGAGAGCAGCCCAGGAACAGGAAGUACAGAGAAUCGGGGUUUAGUUACCCAAUGGAUCGCUGCAAGAAGUAACAGGCCCAGGUUUAAGCCCAUUUGCAGUUUUUAAACUACAAUUCCCUGACAGCCGAAGGAGCAAGGCGUUUGGUUAUCCCUGGUUUAACCAAAUGGCUCUGUAGUUGCAGGCAGAUGAUUGGCCCAUAAAGUGCCUUUAUUAUAUUCAUUAUAACUCAUGGCCCAGUCUCCUAGCCCCUGGGCACCCCACAAGCAGACGAGUGCCUUUCCGUGGUUUAUAUCAGGACCUAGUUUGUGCCUUGUCACCCGUCCCCAUAUCUGCAGUAGCGACAGAUACACGGGAUGGGACGUUACACCCUUCACCCCCUCCCAUACUGGUGCACUAGGGGUUAAACCUGGUAACGAUUCAGCAGUGCCUUUUUGGGAUGCCGGGUAAUUGAGAGGAAAAUUAGCAAUGUGGUUAAUGAAUGAGUCUCUAUAGCUGCUCCUGGAGUACAGCGCACAGCCGGCAGAGAGAUGUAGUUCAGCAGCAACUGUACAUUUGCUCAGACUCCUGUUACUCUGUUUAGUGUUGGAGUUUAUAGCUUAAACCACCCUUUGCUUCUAUGGGGAAAAUAUUUUGUAAGUAAAGGACCAGUAAUGCCAUUUACUUGUAAAUGUUAUACAAUUCUCUGUUGAAUCAGUGUGUAUUUUAUCUGUUAACUUCCCCUUUAAAUUGAUAUUGGGACGAUAAGGAUACCUAUCAAGCCCCUGGGAGUGUGUUCCCUUGGUGUGUGCUGUGCCGGAGUGACUUUGGGGUGCAUAUUCCAUAGAUCUCCAUGUAUUCCAGACCCAAAUCCAGCGGAACCCUAGAUCAGAGGGGGCUUAUAAGGACCCCCGGGCCUCACCCCCUGCUCCAAUAUGUGUAUAUAGAUUCUGCACUCUUUAUUAUAAUCCAAGGCAAAGUUUAGUAUUUAAGGGUUUAUGGGAGCACCUAGCACCUAAGGAAUCUCUCCUAAUACUUGACCUGCACUGCGUAGUGUCCCCCACCAGGGGGGAGUAGUGAGCUGACAGAGAGAAGUGCACCUCCUUGUUUAUUGGUAGUUAGACACCGCUCUAUAAAUAUGUAUAUCUGUAUAUAUGAUUUUUAGAGAGAUAUAAAAGAAUUGACACGUAAUAACCUUGCUGGGGAGGCUUUUAUAUUGUACGGUUUCUAUGUAGACACUCAGGCUUCAUUGCUCGUUCCCCCGGGGAUCAGGCUUUGUCUAUAGGGGAAUGGGGGUGGUGCUGUUCAGUGCUUUACUGAGGAUUAUGGGAUGUCCAGUAAGAAUUCUAACUAGAUUUCAGUAUUUUUUUUUUUAAUUUCCUGCCAUACUGCUGAAUAUAUCAAUUAUAAAUCAUCUAUUUCUGUGACCCUUACAGCUGGCAUUCUCUUUCUCACGGGAUUAAAGGGGAAGUAUUACAUAAAGCAAUAGAUCAGCGGUGGGGCUACAAGCUCUGUGCCCCCCCUUGUUUAACUUAACCUGCUGUACCAAUAACCUCCAUCAGAGGGCGCCAUGUUGAUUUUUAUCACCAGCCUUCCAGGGUAUGUCAAGCUCACAGCCAACUGCAACUCCCACCAGCUUUUCUGAACAACUCCCAGCAUGCAGCUGGCUGUGGCCCUUGGAUGAUGGCAAUCUUAGGGACUAAGAUCCCUGCCUUAAACUGACAGUUAGCAAUGGGAGAGAGUGAGGGUUUGUGCUAUAUUUAUAUAUAUUUACCAUUAUGUGCUGCUAAAGAGAUGUUGAGCUCUGCCUAAUAGUGAAAAAGCAGCUAGGGGGCGGUAUUAUGGAUAAUGUGCCUUGAGUAAAUGGAUUGUGGGUGACUAUUAUUAACAAAUGUUUUAUUUAUAAAGCGCAGACAUAUUCCGCAGCGCUGUACAAUAGAAUAGCUUCGCGUGGAAGCGGCUGCAGUGCAGUUCAACGUCGGCAUCUGAAAUACUAACCCUUUAUGUGCCGCUUGACUUUCCUAAGGAGCAAGUGUCGACGUGCCCGUCACAUAUAGGUGCCUCAUUUCUAUCGCUGGGGGAGUUAUAUAUUGUAGGGGGGCAUUUUUAUUCCAAAUGUAUAUAUAUACCUAGAAACGUAUACAAUGACCCGCUUCCCAGCCCUAAUUACCCAUAAAGCCCUAAGCUAAAGGGUGCACAGCCCAGUUUUUAUUGGUAUAGUGUGGCCUUUAAUAAUGAAACUGACACACACUGUCCCCCCAGUAACUGCCCCUUCUUCAUCUUGUUUAGUAGGGGAAUAUAUAUAUAUAUAUGUAUGUAUGUAUAUGUGUAUAUAUAUAUAUAUAUAUAUAGUCACUGAUUUUAUACAUCAGUGGUGUAGAAGAGGGUGGGGCUAAAACCAAGCUGUAGCCAAUGGGAGAAGGUUCACAGUGUUAGACCAAAUCUGUAUCCAAUCAGGACUUUCAUAAGGUUAAACCAGCCUGUAGCCAAUCAGGUAUCAGAACAUUCACGUCUCAAAAAUGAGCAGAACCAAUUGCAGUUGGGGGGGGUGGGGGGGGCAACAACUUACCCAGAAUUCUCUUUCCCCCCAUUUCUGAGCGGGAAGCCUGCUGUGUGUCUACAUGGGAACCUGCACCAAGGACAAGGGCUGCCAUUAAUCCUAAAGUUAUUUUUUUUAUGAUAUUAUAUAUUUUGUAUUGUAUAUCUGUCUUCUAAAGAGAAUGGCGGGGAGGGAGGGGGGGGCUAAUCCUUUUAACUUCUUUGGGGAGAUUUAAGAAAAAAAAAAAAAGAUAUUUUAAGUGCCUUCUUUUGUGUGAUUUAAACAAGAAAUACUGUAAGGUAAUCCUUCCAAUGACAAAAAAACUAAAGGAAAAGCAAAGCUCG